UAAUAAGAAGACUUUUCAAAUCUCACUCGUCAGAACUCUCCUCUCAUUAUCCUUUCCCACUGGAUCCAAAACCACCCAUCUUCGAAUCUCGCUGUCCCUUCACACACGUCAAGCUUUUCUGGGUACCCAUUUGGAUUCUUUAGUUUGCUUGCUGGAACUAUAUUUGUGUGGUUAACUCGUGAACCUCAUCUGGGAAGUUGUACCAUAUAAAUAUAGUGUUUGAUGCUGUUACGUGGUUAAUGGUAAAAGUUUCAACUUUUAAGGAAUAAAGGGGUGUUCAUUUUGGAGCUGUUCUGAAUAGGAAAAUUAGUCUCUUAUGAGCUUGGAGAAUCUGGUUUUGAUUUUAUUAUAGCCAACUAUGAUUGGUAGAAAGAACAUGGGACGGGCUUCACCAAUAUUGCUGGUACUGUUGGCUCUUGGGUUUUUCUUUGCAACAUAUAAUUUGUUGACAAUGAUAUUCCACUAUAGAUCUAGUGGGAAUAGGGAAGGUGCAUUAUCAUCUGACCCGAUUAUUGAGAUGCCUGAGAGUGCGAGGAAUCUGAAGAAUGCCAAGUUACCAUUCCAUAUUGCAUUAACAGCCACGGAUGCUCCUUACAGCAAAUGGCAGUGUCGCAUCAUGUACUACUGGUAUAAGAAGCAGAAGGAGUUGCCAGGAUCAGAGAUGGGAGGAUUCACUCGGAUUUUGCAUUCAGGUAAUCCUGACAACUUGAUGGAUGAGAUUCCUACAAUGGUGGUUGAUCCUCUUCCUUCAGGUCUUGAUCGGGGAUACGUUGUCUUAAAUAGACCAUGGGCCUUUGUGCAAUGGCUACAAAAGGCGACAAUAGAGGAAGAAUACAUUUUGAUGGCAGAGCCUGAUCACAUCUUUAUAAAGCCACUGCCUAAUUUGGCACGUGUGGGAUAUCCUGCUGCCUUUCCAUUUUUCUACAUUAAGCCUGAUCAGCAUGAGAAAAUUGUAAGGAAGUUCUAUCCUGAGGAGAAAGGCCCUGUGAAAAAUAUUGAUCCUAUUGGCAAUUCUCCUGUAAUUAUCAAGAAGGAUAUAUUGGAGAAGAUUGCACCUACAUGGAUGAAUGUUUCUUUGAAAAUGAAAGAUGAUCCAGAGACUGAUAAAGCUUUUGGAUGGGUUUUAGAAAUGUAUGCCUAUGCUGUAGCUUCUGCUUUGCAUGGUGUGCAGCAUAUUCUUCGCAAAGACUUUAUGCUGCAGCCCCCAUGGGAUACGGAACUUGGAAAAAAGUUUAUCAUUCAUUACACUUAUGGAUGUGACUACAACUUAAAGGGUGAGCUAACAUAUGGGAAAUUUGGGGAGUGGCGAUUUGAUAAGAGAUCAUAUUUACGUGGACCUCCACCAAAAAACCUCGCCUUGCCCCCUCCAGGGGUACCCGAAAGUGUGGUCACCCUUGUUAAGAUGGUGAAUGAAGCAACUGCCAACAUUCCUAAUUGGGGAACAGAAUGAACAUAUGCUAGCCAUAAAAUUUUAAUUUUUGGAAAAGGAAAUUUUUUAAUGUUAUUCAUCCUCCUAGAAUGAUUCAUCUACAAGAACCUCAGGUUAAAUGUCUUCAGUAAGAGAGAAAAGAAUAUAGAUAGAAAAUAAGGUCAUUUUAAUGCUUUUCUUUAGAUCUUAGUCAAACUCACACACUGGGAAUGGUUAAACAUAAGUGCAAUGCAAAAUAGAUUCCCAUCAUACCAUACACCUGAGACUGUAGAUAAGUUGAACUAAGCUGAACAGUAAGGUGAUCAUGUUUAGUUUGCAUACUUUGUUAUAGAAUUGAAGCUGGACUUUCCAUUCCUGUGGU